AUGAGUGUCAAUAUUGUCAUGCUUUUAAAAGGUGAAUCGGCCGGUUUAUGUUGCACAUCUGGAAAAAUUUCUCUGCCAUCACUAAGUCCGCCACCAGAACCUUUAAAAACACUAUUAGCUGGAAACACAUCUCAAUCAAAGUUAUUUUUGCGUAAAAUCCGUAAAUUUAAUUCUUGCUUCCAAAUGACUUCUUUUGGAGCAACAAAAAUUGUGCAUAAUAAAGAUGGUUGCAAUUUCGAAUCUACAUUCAAGAUUCAAGGUCAAAUAGGUUCAUUGCUUCCAAUGCCUGAUGCCGAUCCAAAAUUCUUACAAAUUUACUUCAUAGGCGAUGAGGAAAAUCAAGCUAAUACACGCUGUGCAUAUAAUCGUAUAGAGCAGAUAGAGGAGCGAGAAAUCGUUGAAAUUUUGGAAACGUUCUUGCAAAGCAAUAACCAAUUAGUACGAUUAUUCAAGUCUCUUUCAAACAGACUGCAAAACGGCAACUGCGUCAUUAACAUUAAAGCGGACAAAGUGCCUAAUAGAGAGCACGCAGGCACAUAUAAUGUUCCAACUGUGAAUGAAGUUGCAGUUGUUAUAGCUGGUGAUCCAACUGAACAUCGAGAUAUACGUAUACAACGCAGAGAUAACACAGUGCAAACAAUUCAAGACAAUCAUCGUUCAUAUGAUGCACUGCAGUAUCCGUUGAUAUUUUGGGAAGGAGAAGAUGGAUAUCAUUUAAAUAUCAAACAAAGGAAUCCAACUACAGGUGAAGUACUGACCAAGAAAGUUAGUGCAAUGAACUUCUAUGCAUACCGGUUGAUGAUUCGUGCUAUUGGUAACGUAGAUGGAACAAAUAACAUUAACAAUAUCGGCACCACAUAUAUUCUUUCAUCAUCAUAUACUGGUAGUCCGCGCCAUAUGCAAGAAUAUAUUCAAGACGCCAUGACUUAUGUACGUACUUACGGUCGGCCAGAUCUUUUCAUCACAUUUACGUGUAAUCGAAACUGGGAUGAAAUUAAAAAUUUGUUGUUGCCAGAUCAAUCGUCGAUGCAUCGCCACGAUAUCAUAGCACGCGUGUUCAAACAAAAAUUAAAAUCUUUAAUAAAUUUAGUUACACAUCAUUCAGUAUUUGGAGAAACACGUUGCUGGCUUUAUUCUGUAGAAUGGCAAAAGCGAGGAUUGCCACAUGCGCAUAUUUUGAUUUGGUUAGUAGAUAAAGUGCGCCCAGAAGAAAUCGACCAUAUUAUUUCAGCGGAAAUUCCCGAUCCGAAUGUUGAUCAAGAAUUAUUUGAUAUUGUGACUACUAACAUGAUUCAUGGGCCAUGUGGUACUUUAAAUAUAAUGUCAUUAUGUGUGGAUAAUGGAAAAUGUACUAAACGUUUUCCAAAACCAUGUACAGCUGAUACCAUCACCAAUAUCGAUGGUUACCCAUCUUACCGUCGUAGAGACGUAGACAAUGGAGGUCAAUCAUAUGAGUAG